AUGGUAGACACAAAUUGGCCAGAUUUUGGUAUAGAACCUAGGAACCUUAGACUAGCAUUGUCCUCAGAUGGGUUUAACCCAUAUGGUGCAGUAAGCAGCAAAUACUCUUGUUGGCCAGUGAUACUGAUCACCUAUAACCUUCCUCCAUGGUUAUGCAUUAAGAGGAAGUACAUGAUGCUAACUUUGUUAAUUUCGGGACCUAAGCAACCCAGAAAUGACAUUGAUGUCUAUUUGCAGCCUUUAGUGGAUGAUUUGAAAGUCUUAUGGGAUGGGAUUGAGCAAGUGUACAAUUUUGUAAGAGGAGAGUACUUUAAGCUGAAAGCGGUAUUGUUGUGGACUAUAAACGAUUUUCUCGCCUAUGGGAACUUAUCAGGGUGCGUUGUGAAAGGAUACAAUACGUGUCCAAUCUGUGUUGAUCAGACCAAACCUUAUCGGUUGAAACACUCGAAGAAAUUGGUAUUUUUGAGGAAUCGAAGACAACUGCCACAACAUCAUCAUUACCGAAAGCAAGCUUCUGCUUUCGAUAACAUUGUAGAAAAAGAUGAUGCUCCUAGACCAUUAACAGGAGAGGAGACAUUUGCAAGAGUUCAAGGUCUGCCUAAAGCAAGUGGUAAGGAAAACGCUCCUGCCCCUUAUAAGGGUCCUCCAGAAAAUAGACCGUGCUGGAAGAAAAAGUCUGUUUUCUAUGAACUUGAUUACUGGAAGUUUCUUCCAAUAAGACAUAAUUUUGAUGUCAUGCACAUUGAGAAGAACUAUUGUGAUGCUAUUCUUGUCACGUUGUUGAACAUUCCGGGGAAGACUAAGGAUGAGGUUGCUGCUAGAUUGGAUAUGGUUGAUAUGGGGAUACGCACUGAUUUGAAGCCUACAGCUAGUGUAAAAAGAGACAAGUUGCCUUUGGCUAGUUGGAACUUGUUUGUAGAUUAG